AUCAAUCGUCAGUCGUCCGCCGAGAGCCCAGCGAUAAGGUAGUCCCGCUACGCUCUGUAAACCCGCCGACAUCCAUAUCCAUCCAGACCCAGUGCUAAAACACUACAUAUAAUAUACCAGCGAAAAGCGAACACCCGAACGAUCGAUCUUCGUGCCGAGUCGUUUCGGUCUUUUAAUCGCACUGCAGCCAGAACCUGCUGCUCAUUCGCCUGCCGUAACUCGUAGCGUGCGGUUCUAUCGCUCCGCUUAAAAGAAAAACCAAAUCAACCCAGAGAAUUUAAACGCUUAUUUUACGUACUUCUCUGCGACGCUGCGCGAAAGUGAAACCAAGUGAACUUGAACAAGAAAUAAGAUCUGAAAUAAUUGCAAACCAGCAAGAAACAGUGAACUAAACCUUAAAGAGCAGCAAAUCCAAAUUUGCUGCCAAGUGUAAACCAAACUGUGCCUCAAACUCAACAAACAAUAUCUGACCGAAAUGGUUACCGGCGUAACAGCAGCCAACAUGACCAACGUUCUGGGCACCGCCGUUGUGCCGGCCCAGCUGAAGGAGACGCCGCUGAAAAGUGACCGUCGGUCGAACAAGCCCAUCAUGGAGAAACGCCGACGCGCCCGUAUUAACAACUGUCUCAACGAACUCAAGACGCUGAUUCUGGAUGCCACCAAAAAAGACCCGGCUCGCCACUCCAAGUUAGAAAAGGCCGACAUCCUGGAGAAGACAGUGAAGCAUCUGCAGGAGCUGCAGCGCCAGCAGGCUGCCAUGCAGCAGGCCGCCGAUCCCAAGAUCGUGAACAAAUUCAAGGCCGGCUUCGCCGACUGCGUGAACGAGGUGAGCCGCUUCCCGGGCAUCGAGCCCGCCCAGCGUCGCCGCCUGCUGCAGCACCUGAGCAACUGCAUCAACGGCGUGAAGACGGAGCUGCACCAGCAGCAGCGCCAGCAGCAGCAGCAGCAGUCCAUCCACGCCCAGAUGCUGCCCUCGCCGCCCAGUUCGCCGGAGCAGGACAGCCAAACUCCCGCAGCGGCGGCUCCCUACCUCUUCGGCCAGAUCCAGCAGACGGCCAGCGGCUACUUCCUGCCCAACGGCAUGCAGGUGAUCCCCACCAAGCUGCCCAACGGCAGCAUUGCCCUCGUCUUGCCACAGAGCCUGCCACAGCAGCAGCAGCAACAGUUGCUGCAACACCAGCAGCAACAGCAGCAGCAGCAACUCGUUGCCGCGGCGGCAGCAGCAGCGGCAGCAGCAGCAGCCUCCCAGGUGACCAUGCCCCAGCGCACCGCCAGCACCGGAUCCGCCAGCUCGCACUCCUCCGCCGGCUACGAGUCGGCGCCCGGCAGCAGCAGCAGCUGCAGCUACGCCCCGCCCAGCCCGGCCAACUCCAGCUACGAGCCCAUGGACAUCAAGCCGUCGGUCAUCCAGCGAUCGGUGGUGGUGCCCAUGGAGCAGCAGCCCCUGUCGCUGGUGAUCAAGAAGCAGAUCAAGGAGGAGGAGCAGCCCUGGCGGCCCUGGUAGAGGGUUGAACAGAUAGUUGCGCCCUCUAUCGAAUCUCCCGCUUUUAAGACUGACCCCCCAAAACACACUCAUCAUCAUCCAAAAGUCACACAUGCGCAGGCGUUGUGCGCAUGCGCGUAGACAUUUCACAUCAUUCGCCGGGAUAACGCAAAUGUUGCUUUGAAGUGCCGCCGCAAACAUGCGAAUCCUUAAAUGGUCCAUUGCCUCGUCGGUACAAUUUCCUUGGAAAUAAAUUCGGCGAGGCUGGUGGACCUCCAUCAGACGCAAACACACGUUGUUAUAACUUAUUUAUUAUUAUUAUGAAAUCGAUUUUUGAGAAACGGUAUUCUACCAGGACAUCGCCAAACUACCUCAGUCCAAGUACUUGGUGUUGAAUUGCCUCAUGUAUCAUGUAUUACUCUUUCAAUAACAGCAAAUCAGCAAAAGUCUUCCAUACAAAUUCGACAAAACAAAAAAACACCUGAUAAGCUGAAAUACUUUUUAUGAAAAAGAUAAACGCAAAACAUAAAUCUUACCAUCUAGAAUGUACAUCUCCAUUUAAAUAUAGGUUUUGUACCUUAGCCCGCUAAGCCGCUUAGGUUUUCUCUCGCUCUUAAGUCUAAUCAAAGAAUAAUUAUAUUUAUAAACACACAAAAAACUACUCGUAAGGCCACGUGAUAUAGUGAACAUAAUGAGCUUCUAAGAAAACAAAACAAGAAUUUGAUGCAAGCAAAAGCAAAAAAUCAACAAGAAAAGAAAAGCAAACAAACAACAUACUAAAAAGAAAUAAA